AGCCUGUUGUGAUCCCGCUUGAUGAUUGGAUGCUGAAUCCUGGAGGCUGAAUGUCACUGACGCUCCUGAAUCCAGGAUACGGAGUAAUAACAGCGCAGUGUCGGGAUAAACGAGUGUUGGAGCACAUUCACAGAGACGUUUGCCUCCAAUAAGCCUUAUUUUUAUUAGCAGGAAUCAUUUGUGCGCCUCUGGAGUCCUGAAACACCGUCUCAAUGGAAAUAUUCCCUCAUGUGCGGCUGUCAUAGAUUAAUAAACUCGACGCUCUGUCGUAGAAACUAUUUUAACGUGUUUUUCGCGGCUUUUUCUUUGUCGCUGUGGGUAAUUGAGUCCUAAGCGUAUGGUGCCGUGAUAUCCCGACACUGAAGGGACAGAAGACAGACGACAUUACGGACACAGCGUUACCGACAGCCCGGUGAUGGAUAAUGCUCAUACUAAGACGGUGGAGGAGGUUUUAGGCUUCUUUGGUGUAAACGAGUCCACAGGUCUGAGCUGUGAGCAGCUGAAGAAGAACAGGGAGAGAUGGGGACCCAAUGAAUUGCCAGCUGAAGAAGGGAAGUCACUUUGGGAGCUGGUCCUGGAACAGUUUGAGGAUUUGUUGGUUCGAAUCUUGCUGCUGGCUGCAUGCAUCUCCUUUACUCUCGCUUGGUUUGAAGAAGGGGAAGGGACGAUCACAGCCUUCGUCGAACCUUUCGUCAUUCUCCUCAUCCUCAUUGCCAAUGCUAUUGUAGGCGUGUGGCAGGAGCGUAAUGCAGAGAAUGCCAUUGAGGCUCUAAAGGAGUAUGAGCCAGAGAUGGGCAAAGUGUACCGACAAGACAAGAAGAGCGUUCAGAGGGUCAGAGCCAGAGACAUCGUCCCUGGAGACAUCGUGGAAGUUGCUGUUGGUGAUAAGGUUCCAGCUGACAUCAGGCUGACGUCUAUCCGAUCCACCACUCUGAGGGUGGACCAGUCCAUUCUGACGGGGGAGUCUGUGUCAGUGCUCAAACACACAGAUCCUGUACCAGACCCCCGAGCUGUCAACCAGGACAAGAAGAACAUGCUCUUCUCUGGUACCAACAUUGCAGCGGGGCGAGCCAUCGGGGUUGUUGUGGCGACAGGGGUGCAGACAGAGAUUGGGAAGAUCAGAGAUGAAAUGGCGUCCACUGACCCUGAAAGGACCCCACUACAACAGAAACUAGACCAGUUUGGAGAACAGCUGUCUAAGGUCAUCAGUGUGAUCUGUGUGGCAGUGUGGGCCAUCAAUGUAGGACACUUUAAUGAUCCAGUCCAUGGAGGCAGCUGGCUGAGAGGAGCUGUUUACUACUUUAAGAUCGCUGUUGCACUGGCUGUAGCUGCCAUACCAGAAGGGCUCCCAGCAGUCAUCACUACCUGCCUGGCUCUGGGCACCAGGAGGAUGGCCAGAAAGAACGCCAUCGUUCGCAGCCUGCCAUCAGUGGAGACGCUGGGCUGCACCUCUGUCAUCUGCUCUGACAAGACGGGGACGCUGACCACCAACCAGAUGUCUGUCUGCAGGAUGUUUGUUGUCGACAGUGUGUCAGGGCAGUGCUGCAGACUCAGCGAGUUCUCAGUCACUGGAUCUACGUACGCCCCUGAAGGAGAAGUUUAUAAGGACGGCUCACUGGUGAAGUGCAGUCAGUAUGAAGGCCUGGUGGAGAUGGCCUCCAUCUGUGCGCUGUGCAAUGACUCAUCACUGGACUACAAUGAGGCAAAGGGUGUGUAUGAGAAGGUAGGGGAGGCAACUGAGACUGCCCUCUGCUGUCUGGUGGAGAAAAUGAACGUGUUUGACACGGACCUGAGAGGACUGAGCCCUGCUGAGAGAGCUACAGCAUGCUGCUCUGUGAUUAAGCAGCUCAUGAGGAAAGAGCUGACGCUGGAGUUUUCCAGAGACAGGAAGUCCAUGUCUGUCUUCUGUUCAUCCAAUAAACUCACCAGGUCUGCCUCUGGAGCCAAGAUGUUCAUCAAAGGAGCUCCAGAGAGUGUGUUGGAGCGCUGUAAUCAUAUCCGGAUCAGCGGUUCUGCCUGUGUGCCUUUGACCCCGGAGGUUCGAGAGCAGCUCCUGUCUAGAGUGCGGGAAUGGGGAUCAGGCCGAGACACACUGCGCUGCCUCGCGAUGGCAACCAGGGACACGCCCCCUGACAUUCACUGCCUCAACCUGGAGAACUCGGCUGCCUUUGCAAACUAUGAGACGGACCUGACCUUUGUGGGCUGUGUGGGCAUGUUGGACCCCCCCAGGAAAGAAGUGCUCGGCGCAGUUCGAAUGUGUCGGCAGGCUGGCAUAAGAGUCAUCAUGAUCACAGGUGACAACAAAGGGACGGCCCUGUCUAUUUGUCGGAGGGUGGGCAUCAUCACAGAGCAGGAAGAGGAGUUGGAGGGUGGCGGGGUAAACGGGGGUCUGACAGGACGAGAGUUUGAUGAGCUGCCCCCGCAUCUGCAGCGUCAGGCCUGCAGGACGGUAAGGUGCUUCGCCCGGGUGGAACCAGCACACAAGAGCCGUAUAGUGGAGUACCUGCAGAGCCUGAGUGACAUCACCGCCAUGACAGGUGACGGUGUGAAUGAUGCUCCAGCGUUAAAGAAGGCAGAGAUUGGCAUCGCUAUGGGCAGCGGCACGGCAGUGGCCAAGUCGGCCUCUGAGAUGAUCCUGGCCGAUGACAACUUCUCCACCAUCGUGGCUGCAGUGGAGGAGGGCAGAGCCAUUUACAACAACAUGAAGCAGUUCAUCAGAUACCUCAUAUCAUCCAACAUAGGAGAGGUGGUCUGUAUCUUCCUGACGGCUGCGCUGGGUAUGCCUGAAGCGCUGAUCCCAGUCCAGCUGCUGUGGGUCAACCUGGUCACUGACGGUUUCCCAGCAACAGCUCUGGGCUUCAACCCUCCAGACCUGGACAUCAUGUCCCGCCCUCCCCGCUCCCCCAAAGAGCCUCUGAUCUCCGGCUGGUUGUUCUGUCGCUAUCUCAUCAUUGGAUGUUAUGUGGGAGCAGCCACUGUGGGAGCUGCUGCCUGGUGGUUUAUGGCAGCCCACGAUGGACCAAAACUUUCCUUCUAUCAACUGUCCCACUACCUGCAGUGCAGUGAAGGCCACGCUGAGUUUGCUGGUGUGCAGUGUUCAGUCUUUGAGUCUCCUUAUCCCAUGACUAUGGCCCUGUCUGUUCUGGUUACCAUAGAGAUGUGCAACGCCUUGAACAGUCUUUCAGAGAACCAGUCCCUGCUGAAGAUGCCUCCCUGGUCAAACCCUUGGCUGGUGGGGGCGAUCUGUCUGUCCAUGGCUCUACAUUUCCUCAUUCUCUAUGUAGACCCACUGCCAGUGAUCUUCCAGAUCCGCCCUCUGUCGUGGCCUCAGUGGGUGGUGGUGCUGAAAAUGUCCAUUCCUGUCAUCUUGAUGGACGAGGUUCUUAAAUUUCUGGCCCGCAACUACAUCGAGCCAGGAAGCCAGAUCCAGUCACUGGAAGAGGAAGAGGAAGAGGAGAUGCAGAGGACAAGGGGUAACGUGGGAUUGGUCGGUGCCGUGAUGACCAGGCUGUCUCAGUCAGUGAAGGGUGUGUCCUGGUCAUUCGUCCUGGUCUCUGCGCCGCUAGUGUUCUGGAUCUUUAGCCUGGACUCUGACAUAACCAACAUCUUUUGGGAGUGAUGGGAGAAAGCAAGGACGGGUGGCAUGUGGGGUAACCAGUCAAAGACAGGAAAGGAAGGAAGGAAGGAAGAGAAAAAAAGAAAAACAGAUGAUAGAUAUACCACAGGCGAGCAAAGGUGAUGAAUACUUUGCCAUGAUAGAAUGUAAGAGUGAAAUAUUUAGCCAACAGACAAUCAGGAAACAGCAAAGAAAAGGCAAUGCUUCAGAGCGUCUCCUCAAUAAUAAAAGGUUCUAUGUGCAGUUAGCAGACUCUCCCAGGUGUGAUCACACAUUUGAAUCUCAGAGCUUUGUUUGUCAGUCCCGAAACAUGAAAUAUGUCUCUAACCAGAUAAUAAAGCUGGACCUGAAUGCUAACACAGCAUGCUGACCUGCUGACCUUUGCAUUCUAAUACUAAAAGAUAAACAUUAGCAUGUUAGCAUGCUAUAAUCUGUUUUUAGACUGCCUGCCAAACCUGACCAGGGACACAGAAUGUCAAAUACAAUGGAGAGCAUCAAAACUGUUUUGGUUUGUUUUUCAUUUUUCUGAUUGUUUUAUUUGACUUGAAAUCAGGACUGGGUGGCAUCAGUUAUUGAAUUUGUAGUGACUAGUAGCUAGCAGCUAGCUUUAAAGUUUGGCAAGUAAACAGUUUAAUACUGUCUAAUUCUGUUGCUGGGGAACAUCUGUAGCACUGUCUGAUCAAAUACAGUCAACAGGAAGUCAGUGUAGCAUCAUAAAUUCCCAAAAAUGUCAGUUUGAGGCAGCUUAGCUAAAGACUGCUUUGUUCAUAUGCUGUAUGAAUCUGAGAGUUAGUACUAUUCAUGUAGGGAAACAUUUACGGAAGCGUAAUACUGCCAGACUAGACAAAUAAAAAUGUAUCAGGGUCACAUUAAAACGUGAUGCUCAUAUGUUUUUAUUUUUAUGGUGUGGCAGCAGUAUGCUUCCAUAAGCAUUUGAGAUUUAUUGUGUGUUUAUUUGUGAAAAGUAAUUUAUCUCAUCAUAUUUAACGUUUUUUUUUUUUUCGGGUGUAGUGUCACUUGUCAGAUUUUACUUCUUAGUCGAGAAUUUCUACCUGGCAGUGACUGGAUGUAAAUUUUAGUUCCAGCUAAUCUCUGUUAGAGAACUGCUUUGCAUGGUGCGAACAGUGAAAUGUUCUGUUCUAACAAGACCAGCAGAGGGGAAAGUUUCAAAAUAAAACGGAAAGAUUCUGGAAAAAAUAGAAGAAGCUUGGAAGCUCAUUGAGAUGCUUGAUGAGUUCAGAGUGAUCCAACUGACUGCACAUAGCACCUUUUAGAUGAAAAUAUCUGUUUGAAAAAUGAGAGAGGAAAGAGAAAAGCAUGUCUGUGGUCCAGGAUCACACACACACACACACAAACACACACACACACACACACACCACAGGUGGACGUUCAUUGUCUUUGGUCUUUUCUGUUGCUGACACUGAAAAGCUCUUCAAGUCUUAAAUGUAAUUUGACUGUGGAUCCUUCUUCAGACGUCCUGAGGCUUCACAGACUGACUGAAGCUGAACGCUCACAGCAGGAUGAAUGAGUUCAUUAGUUAAGACGUGUUGAUUAUAUUCUUCAUACUCGUUGUCAAACAGUAGAGGUUGUCGUGCACUUCAGGUGCAGUAAAGCAUCUAAAUGUGUGUAAGCUAAAUGGGUUAAUAUGGUUAUUUAUGUUACAGCUUUCAAUCUAUUUGAAGUGUUUAUCCUCCACUCACUGCGACACUGUAUGUUUAGCUGCUUCCUUUCAUUUACUGACUUAUUUUACCCCCAUGCCUGUUCACCACAGAAUCUGCCUCUGUGCUCGUGUGCUUGGAAACAUUUCAUGUGAUCUCUUAGCACAGGUCAUACAGUGAGCCUGACAGCGAGCCAGUGUUUUAUUUACAUGUGUUUCCUGUGCAAAUCAGUGACCUGUCUGCCAUUUUCUCCAGUGAUGCCAUUGUGACAUCUCACUCCAUUUGCAUUUUUUGUAUUUUUUUCAUUCAUGUAGCUGCAAUAACCUUGUUAUAUCACAUUUGGCCACUGACAAAUAUAUAAUGAAGUCCUAACAGUAGAAAAAAUGUCAUUGUUAUGAAAGUAAUGUCAUCUGUAAAGAUUUUACAGGAAAAAAGGUUUGAGAUUAGAGUCGUUCUGUUGUGUGAAAAAAGCCGUGUUAGGAAAGUACAGUCACAAUAUGUAUGGUUAGUAUUUAUGUUUGUGAAAGGUUUGUGUUUGGUUCCUCCCCUCUCAGUGAUAUAUAGCUAUGCAUCAAAUUACUGGAAAAUAGAUAAAAGCAUCUGGAUAAAUGGAUAAUUAAUAGAAGGGCGCGCAUGUUUUCACAUUGACCAAAACGUUUUACUCCAAACAUUGAGAUAUUAAAUUAAGUUAUGCUGCCGUGCAUUUGUGUGUAAAUGCUUCACCUACAAACGUCCACUACUAAAAGGAAUGUCAGUAUACAACACCCAGCCAGACUGUCUGUCCAUAACAUCAGAACUUUUCAUUUAACUUACAAUUGUAACUUUAUUGAUCUUUAUUCUGGUCAUUUUGAACUUCACUAAGAAAAUAUUCUGACUUUAUUCUCGUAAUAUUCUGACCUGAUCUUGUAAAAUGAUAUGUUUAUUGGAUGCUUUAUUUUCAUAACAGUAUGACAGUACAACAUAAGCCUGUUACUUGUUCUGAGGUCACAAACUGUUCUGCUCACCUAUUCUGUCUUUGUUUUGUUCUCGUCACUUGGCUCUUCGAUAAUUCUCCAAACCCAUAGAAGAAAUGUUUGCUUCUCUGCUCCCCACAGUUCUGCCUCUUUUUUCUGUGUUUUGUCUUUGCUCCAAAACAUUUCUCAUAUGAAAGCUUGAAAACUGCAAAGAGGAUUUUUGUUGCAAUAUAAUAUUUUGUUUUGAUACCAUUAAGGCUGAUUAAAUGUGUAGAUGCACUCAGUGGUUAAUGUUUUUUAUUUUUCUCAUUUAGUCAAACGAAGGGGCACUAUUAUAUAUUUUGUAGAUUUAAUUUAUACUUUUUUUCUUAUUCAUUCUACUGUUGAUGAUUUUGUUGUCAUUAGAAAUGAUUUUACAGGAUGAAAACAAUAAAUAUAAAAUGGUUCAGA